GAGUAGGUGACGUGACUUGGUGGAGUGAGGAACAUUUUUCCUGGUCCAUCACGUUUCCAGUUUGUCGGAACAUGAAUCCACCACAGAUAGGAGGAGGAGCAGUGUAUGGAGGGCAGCCCUUUGGUGAGCCCCACAUGCAGCAGCCUGGGCCGCCUGCUUUUCCCCAGGGACCACCGGCACCUUUCAUGGCCCCACCUACUAAGGCAUACAAUGGCGUGGAUGGUUAUGCAGCUGGUGCAGCUAGUGUUGCCGGUGGCCUACCAGUGGGGGUCCCUCCCCCUAAAAUGGGAAUGGGAGCCCCACCGGGUGUUUACUCAGGGCCUCCACAACCUCAGCAGCCGCCUCCUCACAUGCAUCAACCACAGCCAUUGCCACCACAGCACUCACAGCAGCAGCUGCCACCGCCUUUGCAUCAGCAUGCGCCACACAUGCACCAACAGCAACCUCAACUACAGCAGCCACAGUUUCAGCAGCAACAGCCACAACAGCAGCCAGGUGCACCACCCAAGGGCAUGCCUUUUCAGCAGCCAGGUCAGUUUGCACCAAGACAAAUGGGUUCUCAGGAGCCUCCUGGAGUUCAGAGAGCACCCAUGCAAGCGCCGCCCAUGCAAGCACCGCCCAUGCAAGGGCCACCCAUGCAAGUGCCACCCAUGCAACCACCACAUAUGCAACCACCGCAUAUGCAAGGCCCACCACCUGUUGCUGGCCAGAGGCUCCCUAUGACUGCCACACCGGAACAGCUGAGCAACCAGAUGAGCAACUUGCAGUUGAACCAAAGGCCACCACAACCUAUGGGACAAAGGCAGCCUAUGGCCCAGCAGCCACCAUAUCCUUACCCCCCUCCUCAGGGUGGUGCACCUCCACCUCCACAGUUCUAUGGUCCUGGAGGUGUCCCACCUCAGGGUACACAGGCUAAUGGACCAGGCAGCUUAGGCCCUCCGCCAGGUGCUGGCUAUGGUGCUCCACCCGGUGCUUCAAUGCCUCCUGGCCAUCCCACGAUGACGGCACCACCACCACCGCCGCAACAGCAGCAGCAGCAACGGAAACUUGACCCUGAUCAGAUGCCGAGUCCAAUCCAAGUGAUACAAGAUGAUCGCCACACCCACGGUGGUCCCUUCUACACAAAUAAGAGGGGCCAGGUUCCACCACUGGUCACAACUGACUUUGUUGUGCAUGAUGAAGGCAUCUGCAGCCCUCGAUUUAUUCGUUCUACCAUCUAUAGUGUGCCGUGCACACCAGAGAUGCUGAGACAAACAGCUCUUCCGUUUGCCUUGUGCAUCAGCCCUUUUGCACGCCAAGCUCCUGGUGAGAGUGCCCUGCCACUGAGUGAUUUUGGGGAAGAAGGUCCUGUGCGGUGCAAUCGGUGCAAGGCCUACAUGUGUCCGCUGAUGCAGUUCAUAGAUGGUGGACGCCGUUUUCAGUGUGUCUUCUGCAAAGCUACCACUGAGGUGCCUCCUUCUUAUUUUGCCCACUUGGACCAUUUGGGCCAGCGGUCAGACAAGUUCCAGCGACCUGAGCUUUGUCUUGGAUCCUACGAAAUCGUUGCCACCAAGGAAUAUUGCAAGAACUCAGUGUUUCCUCAACCUCCAGCCUUCUUAUUCCUGUUAGAUGUCUCCUACAACAGCAUUCGAAAUGGACUGGUGCACAUAUUCUGCAGCCAUAUUCAGUCUAUCCUACAGGAACUGCCAAGAGCCGAAGGUGAAGCUGAAUCCAAUGUGCGCGUAGGCUUCAUCACGUACAGUAGUGUUGUGCAUUUCUACAAUCUCAAGGCAAGCCUGGCUCAACCGCAGAUGCUGGUGGUACCAGACGUACACGACAUGUUUGUGCCUUUGUUGGACGGUUGUCUCGUGACAGUUCAAGAGGCAUCUGUCCUCAUUGAUAGCCUCUUGGAGCAGAUUCCUGCGAUGUUUGCGGAAACCCGUGAAACAGAAACAAUCCUUGGAGCAGCUAUUCAGGCUGGCUUGGAAGCCCUCAAGGCAGCAGAGUGUGCAGGCAAACUCUUUGUGAUGCAUACAAGCCUUCCCAUUGCGGAUGCCCCUGGAAAGUUAAAAAACAGAGAUGACCGCAAGGUACUCGGUACUGACAAAGAGAAGUCGGUGUUGAUUCCCCAGUCACCCUUCUACAGCCAGCUAGGACAGGACUGUGUAGCGGCUGGCUGCUGUGUGGACCUUUUCUUGUUCCACAAUGCCUAUGUUGAUGUGGCAACGAUAGGCCAAGUGGCCAAGAUGACUGGGGGACAAGUGUACAAGUAUACCUACUUCCAGAACACAGGUGACAAAGCACUAGUCCAAAGGGAAAGUAACGUCCAGGGUCUGCAGGAGGAUGUCGAAGGGGCCAGGUUUCUUGAAGACCUACGGCGUGAUGUCUCCCAGCCCACAGCUUUUGAUGCUGUUAUGCGAGUGCGCACUAGCACAGGCAUCCGGCCAACUGACUUCUACGGUAACUACUACAUGGCAAACACCACAGAUGUUGAACUGGCUGCUGUGGACUGCAACAAAUGCAUAGCAGUUGAGAUCAAGUAUGACGACAAGCUAUCAGAAGAAGAAGGAGCCUUCAUACAGGUGGCUCUGCUGUACACGACAUUUGGAGGCCAGCGCAGGCUUCGUAUUCAUAAUCUUGCCCUAGCUACUUGCUCUCAAAUGGCUGACAUGUAUCGAAACUGUGACCUGGACACUAUUGUCAACGUUUUGUCCAAGCAAGCGAUUCGGCAGCUAUUGGAGCAAAGCCCUCGACAGGUGCGUGAUGGCUGCAUUGGUCGAGGUGCUCAGAUGCUGGCUGCAUAUCGGAAGCACUGUGCUAGCCCCUCCUCGUCCGGUCAGCUUAUCUUGCCUGAAUGCAUGAAGCUACUGCCCCUGUACCUCAACUGCCUGCUCAAGAGUGAUGCCCUUUCUGGAGGCCCUGAAAUGACCACUGAUGAUCGGAGCUUUGCUAUGCUCUCACUGUGUAGCAUGGAUGUGGCGAGCACAGUGGCCUACUUUUACCCACGCCUUCUGCCUUUGCAUGACGUUGACGUGGACGCUGUGGACCUGCCAGUUGCCCUGCGGUGUACUGCUGAGAAGAUUCAAGAGGAUGGCUGCUACCUUCUAGAAAACGGCAUCCAUAUGUUCCUCUGGAUUGGAAUGGCUGUUGACCCAGACUUUUUACAAAAUGUGUUUGCACAGCCUGUGGCUGCCAGGAUAGACAUUGACAAGACAUCUCUACUAGAGUUGAACACACCUAUCUCCAGACGUGUGCGGGACAUCAUAGCCCGAGUACGAAUGGAAAGGCAACGCUGUAUGCGGCUGACGCUGGUGCGCCAAGGGGACAAGAUGGAGCUGGUGUUUCGGCAAUUCCUUGUGGAAGAUCGGCAUGGAGACUUGGGCCCUUCGUAUGUGGACUUCCUCUGCCACCUGCACAAGGAAAUCCGCAACCUGCUCAGCUGAGGUCCCUGUACCUGUGCCUCCAGCCCCAGCUAGCAAGCUUUUGUGCAACAUCACUGCGCCUAGGAGAUGGGCUUGGUUUUUCUGCUCCCCUCAAUGGGCAGUGCCCACACUCUGGAUGUCGCCGAGUAGCUGAAGCACCUGGCAACUGACACUUCUGCUUGAAGUGACCACCACAGAGGAUGGAAACAGUGUCUCAAAUAUGUGCUGUUAUUAUGCGUCGAUGAAACAUUGGAAGAGGUUGCCUUGAUAUUCCUGGUUGCCGAAUCGUUUUCCCAUUGUAAACAUGAAAGUGACAACUUGAUUGUGAAGCGCCUUCCUUUGUCCCCUCUAACUUUUUUUUGUGUCACACGUCAUCCUGCCAAAGUGACCUAAAUCUUGAAAAGGGUCUGUAAAAAAGUGUUCGCCCUGUAGGCAUUACCACUCUUUGUUGACAACGCCAGAGAACCUUCAAAAUGACAGCAGAGAAGCCUACGAAAGGAAUGACUGUACUAAUCAGAGCUACCAACAACAAUUUCUUUUUAAAGCUUCUUAUAAUACUUGUUUUGUUACUUGUAGUAUAGGCAUGUUUUUUUUUUCUUUAUAGGUAUCUUGUAAGCUUAUCGAUGUUUCAGUGGAAGAUUUAUGAAAUACUGCUGGAGGACAUUUAAUAAAUUCAGGCCUAGACAUUGAGGAUGUUUCUGUUCUGAUGUGUAAGAACAUUCAAAAAGUCCUUUAGAACCGCUCGCUUUAUUGUGCAUUUGCAUGUUCUUUAUUUUACAGAGUGUGGCUCUGAGAGCACUCUGAAAAGAAUUGUAAUGGUGUCGCAUGACAAUUUUUAAGUCAUGCUAAAUUCAUUGCUGUCAAAGUGGAGCCAUGUGUUUAAACACAGUUGGCCCAUAUUGAAUAACAUCCGUUUCAUCUCAGCUGUGUGUGGUCCAACAAUAAUUGCUGUAAACUAAUGUUUUCAGUUGCUUGUGGCUUGGCAUGGUGUCUGUGGUUUGAUGGAGAUGGCCAUGUAAGAAGAGAGGUUCGAAUGAAAUAGAAAGCUAAUAAAGAUUUUUCUUCUAUUUU